UAAGUCUCUUUGAAGUAUUUCUUAAUAAAAGAAUAAUCUUGACGAGUUUAGAGCAGAAGGUCUUAUCACGAUUAUCCAUUACCGUGAGAACUUAGACAAUGUUAUGACAAAGUCGGAUCGAUUUGUCACAUGACGGGCAUGUUCGAUGUUGCCUUGAAUACACUGAUCAAGGUAAGGGAAGCUACAGAGACACUAAGACAACAGUGAUUUGAUACACUAGUGGGAGUAUUCCUCAGGAUUGGGUUACUUCCCCUGACAAACAGGCCAUGUGACUGAGUGCCCCCUGAAUCAUAUACCUAAAAUCUUGAACAAUGGCAUCCCCAGGAUUUUUAUCCAAAUGUUGUCUGGCACACAACGUGACACAUUCCAAGGAUUUAGAGGGUAGAACAGUUGGUGAAGUUAUAAACAUACUGUCUGUCGUAUUUUGUUCCAUUAGUCUUGUAACUGUUCUGUUUCUUGUCUGGCCGAGGAAGGAUGGAAACUCAGAGGUGUUUCAGAGUAAAAAUCGAAUCUUAGUAGGACCGAAUCUCAACAGCAUCAUCAAGAGUCUGGUCUCCGUCAAUGUUCUGGCUGUCAUAGGUUUGCUGGUGAGGUCUGCUGUGUGGUUAGCCCAUGCCUUUCCUGACACAAAGAAGUCGUGUAUGGAUGCCAGUCAUUAUUUUUGUCUGGUCAGCAAUGUGUGGAUCUUGUAUUUUUUCACCUGCAAUCAUUUCUGGCACCUUGUCUAUGCUAUGGAAGCCUAUAUGGUGUCUAACAAUCGAGAACUGACCUCUGGUCUGAAAGUUUUUGUGGGAUGGUUUAUCCCUGCAUUUCUAACAACAUCUGCUGGAGUAGUAGUGUACUAUAAAGGCUUCCAAACAUGUUUUACGCUGAGCGUUACAAAGUCAGCCAUUGUGUACAUCCUCUUCCUGUCCCCCGUUGUCAUAGUAAUGCUUAGUAAUCCAAUCAUAUUCUACCAGGCAGGAAAAUCAGCUAAGCGAGCUCUUAUUUGGCACUAUGGACGCUACACCUCGUCAGAAAGAAAACUAGUCGAUGCCAUUCAUACCAAAUUUUAUCUUAUCCUCAUCAUUUAUUUCAUUUGUUGGAUUCCUAAUCUUAUCAAUGCAGUUCUAUUACUGAGGUCUAAGGCAGCCGCCACCUCAUUUAUACCAGAUGACAAGAGUAUCCUGGCUUUCUUUAUACUAAUGGCAGUGUCCAAUCCCCUACAAGCUCUCUUAGCUGCUCUGGUCUUCUGGGGACUCCCAACCAAUCACAGGCUUCGUUUCAACAUCUUCCAUUCAGACGUCCAGUAUAGUGGCUCCAGUGGAAGUGCCAUUAUCAAUCGGUCAGGACGAUCUGGGCGCAGUACAGGAAGUGAAACGGAACCUCUCAUCAGCUUCAGACAAAAGUCAUCUCUCUAAUGCUGACUUACAAAGGAUAUUACACAGAAAAACUGUGCAUUUAAAUUGAUAAAAGUCAUUGACUAUAUUUCUUAAACUGGCCUCAAACAAAACUCACUGCCACAAGUACAAAGAACUUUAAAUUAUACGAGUUUUAGAAGAUAUUAAACAUUGGAUUGUUUAAGACUGUCACAAUGGCAAAUCUGUAAUAAGAAGUAAUGAUUAAUCCAAUGGAGCAUGAUCUCGGACUCUGUACCAAUGAUCCAUAAAGAUAUAAUUUACAUGUAUAUAUACAAGUAUAGUAGUCUUCAAAUUAACAAUUUACUAUAUGGUACACUUGAUGAUGCAUUAGAUGACUACACAUAUACUGGUUGGCUUUACAGCAGGAAUCAGUGCAUUUUAUUCAGUCAGCUUUGAUUGGAAUCUGUGUUCAUACCGUAAUUGUUGUAAUAUUUUCUUUCAUCCUGUAUCAUGUUUUUUGUUUGUUUGUUUUUUUAAAUAUAUUACAAGUAAAGAAAUAAUUUUUUUUUUAAACAAAUGAUUCCAACAGGUGAAGCCUCUGAGACAAAUUCUUAAGAUCUUACAAGUUAUCAGUAGCAAUAAUGGUAACUUAAAAAGUAAAAAGAAAAUGUCAUACUAGUGGUUAUUCACUUGUAAUGCUUAGCUUUUUAAGUCAAGAAGAAUUCAAUGGAAUUUAUCAUAUUUCUCUAAUAGAAACAUCAGAUCAUUUAGACAUGAGUAGAGAAUUGUUUGAAACAUUGUGAAAUUAUAGAUCUUAAUAUGUGAAUUUACAAGUGUGGAUCUGACAUUUUUUUUGUGUCAAAUGAUUUCUGAUGUAUUUAUUUCAAAAUGGAUGAGAGAGAGUUUAGUGCACAUACACUGAAAAAAAAGAGGGAAAGAGAAAAUAUGGAAACAAAAUUGCUUGCACUAUUUAUUUAUGUUUUUUUUCUGUGCAUUUUAUGUAUUUAUACUUGCAUUUUAAUAAAAUAUGAUGAUAAACUUGUGGAUUUACUAUUGCUUACUGACAUCUUACUUCUAUAGAUUAAAACAACAUGCUAAGUUUUAUUUUACUAGAGAAAAAGAUUUGUGGCAAACUAACAGCAACUAAACUUUAUGAUAAAUGUGA